AUGGAUCAAAAAGGAAUUUGUCUCAAAAAGGAGGUAUGUUUUUUCACAGAACUUGCAAAUGAGGAACAAAAACCAGACCAAGGAUGGAGUAAUGCUAACAUGUUUAGUAACAUCCUCCCCUCAGACAGUACGCAAGAAGUGAUCGACAUCAACAUUUGGCCAACAUCAAAGCCUGGAAACGUGGUUACAGAACAAGUACAGCAAUAUGACCCAGCUGUCAGUCAGUAUAGUGAACAGUCCGUCGAGACAACCCCUAUACCUGUGGACUUGAAUUCAGUGACCGAAAGUGUUGAAGUAUAUACUGAGCCGGGUAUACCAAAUUCGUCUUUGCCAGUACAAUCUCCAGAACACACCACACCAGUGCCUAGUGUAACUAGUGUAAACAUUGGAUCAGUGGAGGGAACUCACAAGGCUUACUACUCACCAAAUCAAAACCGAAUUGUUAUUGUAUCUAAUUCUGGAGGUUCACAAAUAUGCACAACUCCAAACACAAACACGGUCUACCAAAUAAGUCAGAAAACAGAACAAUCAAAAAGUUUACUGCAUGAUAUUGUACGACUUACAGGUACUUCAAACUCCAGCUUUGGAGCAGGGCAAGGAGUAGUUCAGGUGGAGACUACCACAAGGGGUAGAGGAAGGGGCCCAGGAAGGCCAAGAGGUGGUGGAAGAGGUCGAGGAAGAGGACGAGGUAGAGGUAAAACAAUAAUCAGUGGUACUGGGGAAGGAACUUUUAAGAUUGUAGCCCCACAGACACAGCCAAGUCCCAGGUCAGGAAACUUACUAUUGCAUGGUACAGGUGGGCCCACUGCUGGCUCCUUUGCUGGUUAUACCAUUCCGAAGAUUAAACAACCAUUCACUACCAGUACAGGAACUUUCCUUACAUCAACACCCUCUAGUGGAAGUAACAGCAUUAUCACAUCCCUGCAGGACUUGAAUCCUGGACUCUACCAUACUGAUACUGUUGCCAAUGAUUCUGAUGGAGAGUCGGUAUCCAUGUUGGAUCAUGGCUAUGCUAUUCAGAUGGAAUCCGCUGUGACUCAAAGUGUGAAAACCAGUGUAGGCCAGAGUAGCUGCAUAAGCACAAGUGCACCUAAUACUAGUGCUACUUACAAUAUUGUUCAUCAGGUUCACAACACAGCAAAAGUGGUUAGUGAUUCAAACAGGUCUACUUCGGCGCUGAAGUCUGCUCUACUGUCGACAGGUGAUGCCAGGAUCAUUCGAGUCGAAAGUCUGCCAACAGGUAGCCAAAGGUUCACAGUAACAACUAGCAGUAAAACCCCAAAUAAGGAUGCAGCACAUGGAGGUCAAAAAGUCAAUCCUGUAAGUAUUUCAAAGGUUGUCAAAAUCCCGUUACAUCCUGGGAUACAAGGAUGCAAUGUUGAGACUGGAAAACAGCAGACUAGCAUGGCUGGUCAGACUGUAAUACAAGUGUCACAUUCUGGGCAACAGCAGUUUGGAAUGAAAAUUCCCACAUAUACAAUGGCUGCAGAUUCUCCUGUAACUCCAGAUGUGAACGCUGGUGCUGUAGUAUGUGCUGACGAUAGUCAACAGAAUGAGAUUGUGGUCAACAGUGAAGAUGGUGUAGCUUCACAAAAUUCCUCACAAAGUAGUGGUACCAGUGAUUCGAGUAGUGGUAUUCCACCGAGCUUACUCACUGCUGCAAUCACUAACAAUUUAAAAGCAGGUCAAAAUUACAUCAUAGAUCAUGGCAAUGGAGUUCAGAAGAGUAUGAUAUGGAAUGGCAACAUCUUUAUAGAGGAUAACGGCAACUCUAACCAUUUGAGUGGUGGUGGAGCAGGAGAUGGUAAUGGAGAGAAGGUACUUAAAGGCAACACCACCGGUCUUAAUAUGUUGGCAAAAAAGAAAGUGGGCAGACCAAGAAAGAGCGAUGAGGUGAUAUUACCCAAUGGCCGGACAUUUAUUCAUACAAGCUAUCCUUCGGACAAAUACCUAGGAAGACCACCAAUACAUCCAAUGCAAAACCAUUCACUGGGAGGAAGAUACGAGGGUGAUGCAGAAAAUUCUGCUGAAGACGAUUCUAGUCAAGGAGAAAAUAAGAUGGAAGAUACAUCCAGUGUAAAACGACAAAAUGAGGAUGAUGGAGAAUAUGUGGUUCACUGUAAGUUUUGUGGAUACACUAGUGCCAGGACAGAUUCGUGUGAAAGGUGCAAUAGAAAGUUCCCAAAUAAUGUGAAAAAGGAACCAGUGAAACGACAAAAGCUGGAUAGUAGUGAAUCAAAAAAUGAACAAAGUACUGGUGUUGUGACUAAAGACUCCUUUUAUGGUAAAAAAAUUCAAGGACAGUCUCAACCAUAUAAGAGUGCUGUGCUGAGUGUACGAAGUGUGUCCCAGAGAGGACGAAGAAUAAAUAACCAAGGACGAACCUACAACAUGGUCCGCAUCACACCUAGUAAAAAAUAUGUGGAACCAGUUACUGUGAUUGUAUCCUCAGAUGAGGAAGAAGAUACUGCUACUCAAAUCGCAAAUUUAGAAAAUCUCUCCACGUCAUGUGUUCAGACUCCAUCUAAAAAUGGCUCUUCUAGUGCUUUAUCUUGUAACGAGAGCAAAAACCAAUCAAAUACUGUCUCCAAAAAGACUGAGGAAGAUGAUGAAUUGUCUAAACUAGUGUCAAUCAUUCCUUCUCGGAAUUCACCAACAUUUAAAAACAGCAGAAUUAGCAAAAUGGAAGACAAGGAAGGAAAUCUUAUGUCAAAAUGGAAUACCAACACUCAGUCCAAUACUCCUUCACCAGAACCCCUAGUAAAGGUUGACACGCCGAAACCAGUGGCCAUUCCCCUACAGUCACAAUCAUCAGGAAGUCUUACACUCAAUGCCCGAAGUGUCAAAGUUGGUUCACUGAAGGGCACUCCUAUAGAACCUAUCCUUAUUUCAGAUGAUGGUGUGCAAAUCUUUAUGGAGUGUGAGGAGAACACUCAUAAAUUCAACAUAGCACCAUCAGAGAUGAACCAGUGCUUGUUACACUUGAAGAAAUCUACACCGGUCAUAUUUAUUCAUACCACAGUAGACUUUGGAGGCAAACUGAGAAAACAGCUGGAAAUGACAAAUAAAACACCUCCACCAAAUUCUUCAGAACCUUACUUCAAUCCUGUGGACAAAGACUUGAAAUACCAGUACAUAGUGCUGCUGUUACAGUCAGUAUCCUUGCAAGAACAGAAAAACACACUACGAGUCCUAGAAGGUUAUCAACAAACUAUCAACAACAAAGAUCAGAAUUUUAUUGAGAUGUUGAGUCAUACAGAAUCCCAACAGCUUCUUAUCAGCACAUCAUUCUUAAGUAAGAGGAUGCCAAAUCCUGCUUUUGAUAUGGACACAAAUGCGAUGAAGACAGAACCCCCCUGUGUUAACAAUACCAUGACAAAAUCCAACAACACAGAAUUUGGGGCAGACAACUCUGAUAUGGACACCAGUCUUGGCCAGAGAGAGCGUUCUCCUUCCCCUCCUCGCAUUAUGUUUUCUGGACCAAUAGAAAAAUUGAUAACAUACCCACCUCCCCCUACUCCUGGUGGUAUAGCAGUUACAAACGAAGACCUGUACUGUUUGAAUGAAGGCGAGUUCCUCAAUGAUGUCAUCAUUGAUUUCUAUCUGAGAUUCCUGUUCCGGGAAGUACUGAGUGAAGAAGUCAGAAAGAGGACACAUAUCUUCAGUUCCUUUUUCUUUAAACGUCUGACUCAGCGGCAAGGCCGAGUGGCAGACUCUGCUCUCACUCCUGCAGAGAGAAGACAUGCUGCUGUGAAGAAGUGGACAAAGCAUGUGGAUCUGUUUGAGAAAGAUUUCAUUGUGAUUCCCAUCAAUGAACAUUCCCAUUGGUUCCUGGCCAUCAUCUGUUACCCAGGAUUACUUAUGAAUGAAAACAUUUUCUAUAUACCAAAGCAUCGUUUGGAGAAGGUUUUUGGAGAACAGGUCAGUACUCCAGUUCAGCAGGACAGUGAAGGGUUGACUGAUAGCAUGCCUACACCUGGUUCUGACAAUGCAGGCGAGGCUAUGGAGGAAGAUGUGGAGGAGAACAAUGAAGAGAAACCCAUGGACACAGAGACGACGCCCACCACCUCUGUGCCACAGACAACUAUGUCAACACCCACCUCGACACCUGUCUCUACUCCUAUUACAAUGCCUCAACACAAAACUCAGUAUACACCAGCUUACUGUAGCUCCACAAAAGUGCCCCCAAAGGAACUACGUGGUCGGAUAAUACAAAGUUAUGAUGAGGUGGCAGAGAGCAAGAAAUGUUUUGUGGAAAGUGGACAAAGAGCACCAUGUGUAUUGAUAUUUGAUUCAUUGGCUGGCCCAAACAAAGCUAGAAUCGUCACAAUACUGAAAGAGUACCUUCAAGUGGAGUGGAACACAAAGAAAGACAAUUUGUUUAACCUGAAGGAGCGUAUACGUGGCUGCACACCCCGAGUCCCUCAACAGACCAACUUCAGUGACUGUGGCCUCUAUGUUUUGCAGUAUGCACAGAGCUUCUUUGAGGAUCCUUUGGUGGACUACUCAUUUCCAAUCAAGUGUUUACAAAAUUGGUUCACGGAGGAGAGAAUGAAAAAGAAACGACAAGAGAUUAAAGACUUAGUGAUGGCUAUAAAACAGAAAAAUGAUGCAGAGUUGCUGAAGAAAUUGCAGCAUUUGCAACACCUGAAACAGCAACAGUUGCAGCAGCAACAAACAGAUAAUGACCAGGCACCUGAGGAAGAAAAGGAGUGUGAUGGUGAACAGUCCUGACACAGGCUGUGAUGUUGUGUGUGAGAGCGAACAGACAAAAAUAUUCAGGGAUCAUUAAAAUGCCAUCCGUCAUCUAAAAUCUGUUACACACCAGGUGUUGCUACUAGCACACGCCUGUCCUUUAUAUGUAUCGGACAUCUGUUAAACUGGGAUGUUUAUACAGUUAGCUAAGGGUCUUGACUUUGUGGCAGUGUUGUAGAAGCUUGUUAGGCUUCAUAAAUCUGAACAUUAUUUUUUAUGGUAAAUUUGGUUGAAGUAAUAAAAUCAUUCCAACACUAUUCGCUGUGAUGUGUGGCAAUAAAUAUUGUUUGAUGUUUCACACUUGUCUCCUUCAGAACUGCUUUACUGUAAGUUUACACUGUGAAUUGGCUAGAACAUUUGUCUGAAGCUUCAGACUGUUGAAUUCUAUCAGUCUUAGAAUUUGGUUAAUGUUGUUCUCAUUUCCUUGAUUAAUCAAACAAAAGAGUUUGUACAACUACUGCAGAGGUGCCUGUCCAAUCUAUUACUAAAAUACAUCCUUCUUUUCUCUUGAUAUCUAAAUAUUUAAAUUAACAUAGAAUAAUUUGAUAUACUUAUACUGUAAUACAUUUAUUUAAAACAAUCAAUUACUGAUCUUAUUUUAUCAAUUUAAUAACCAUUCAUUAAUAACGUAAAUGUCAUCUCUCUUUUAAUUUCAGUUCUGAGGAGGACAGGAUUUGUUUAGCUUAGUUUCACAGAAAACAUAAGUAUACAAAAAUAGUAUACAGUUCAUAAAAUGUAGCAAUUCAUGUAAGGAUGGAUUUGGAUGGUUAAUAUCCAUUUCCCAUAAGUAAAAACCACAAAGUUUUGGUGGACAUUUUUAGUUGUUAUUUAGGGCUUGCUUAUCAAUGCUUAUAAUUGCAUUUAGUUCUGUUUCUCACCAAGUAUUAGUACUGCAGCAAACCAGUUGAGUACCUAAAGAAAUCCAAGUGUGUACAACUUAAAAUCAUUGAUAGAUUUUAAUGUUUUCAAUAAAUUUCUACUUUUCUAGAACAAAAAAAAAUCUACUUUUAUAAUAUAUCAAAGAAUUUUUGGGCUCAUUAAAUUUGAAUUUCAAUAGUUGCUAAGAAUUUCAAAAUGAGGAAAACAAGACUUAAUUUCAUGGAACACUUAUUUUCUCAAUGUUUUGAUGAACUUCAAUAUUGUAACAGUAGAAUUUCUUCCAUUCAGUACUAUCUAACUUGACAGCUUUUUAUGAUGUUUUAUUUGAAGGUUGCCUAUUUUUCAGCACAUUUGUUCAUCAAUACUUAUAAAUUAGCAGGUUGUAUUAAUUAGAAUUAAUUGAUUAGUUUCUAGGUCAAAUAAAAUCUAAAA